CCAUUUGUUUGGUGGAUCUGAUUUCAUCUUCUCUCAGUGAAGCCGCACUUCUCUGCCUUAGAGCUUCUUAGACGCGACAAUUCUUUGAUUUUAUUCCAUUAGGAGCGGCAAUGGGUGCACGGCAUGCACUCAUCGACUAGGGUCAUUUUGCCCGCUGCAUUUGAGGUCGCUGAAAUAGAUGAUCUCGCUCUUCUCAUAGCUAAUAUGCUUGAACGAUUGAUCGCUCAUAAUGACAAGAUACCACUUCUACCCGAGAGCCUUACCCGAUUUCACUCGAGAACCGUACCAAACAUCAGCGUCCUCGAUUAUCUCCGGCGUAUAAUCAAAUGGACAAAAGUCGAGAAAUCAUGCCUUCUCCUCACACUACACUAUGUCGACCAAAUCUGCGCCCGCAUGCCCCUCUUCACCCUCUCCUCCCUCACCUGCCACCGCUUCAUAAUCGCAUCCAUCACAGUCUGCAGCAAAGGCCUCUGCGACUCCUUCUGCACAAACGCCCUAUACGCCCGCGUAGGCGGCAUCCCCGUCCCAGAACUAAACAUCCUCGAACGCGAAUUCCUUCACACAAUAGACUGGCGCUUAAUGUGCACCCGCGAAGUCCUUCAGGAAUAUUAUAUCAAUCUCAUUAGAACAGAUAGCUCGGGCCGCUUUGGGCUUGAAGGUGCACCGGAGUCGGAGGUGGAGGAUAGCGAUAUGGACAGCUUGUCCUCUCGCUCGGCGUCCCCUAUGGACACACAAGUCCGCCAUCGUCCGUCGUUUAGCCUCCUGGGCAACCGCGAGUCUUCAAGCGUUUUGGGAGAUACUUCUACGCUCCCUACUAUCGAACAGAACAUGGCGUUUGCUGCGUUGCAGCAUUCGCUGAAGAAGCCUCCAUAGACCUAGGAGUUCGGUUUGGGGCUUCGGUUUGUUAUACCGAUGGCAUCGUACGUACGUACGCACGCCGCCGUCGCACGGACGCACUCCCCGGCGAUAUUUUUCGUCACCGGCUCAUCAUCUCGCGCCAUAGAUUGGCAUUUAGUCAUCCCAGCGCCAUGCGUCAACGUUCAACGUCAACUUUUAUCCCCCCAACAUA